AUGCUGCUCAAGUACGGGGUGGCGUUAACCACCCUCUGCGCCCUGAGCUUGGCCCUGAAGAAGCGCGUCGACGUUCCCUUCGAGUGGAGGGACGGCAUAAACUACACUUGGCCCUCCUACGAGGCGUACCAACGAGCGGUCGAGAACAAUUUGUACGUCAAAGGGAACAACAGAUUGAUCAACGCCAGAUUUUGGAAGGAAAACAUCUACCUGACGAUACCCCGCGUCAACAUGGGCGUGCCAGUUACGCUGGCCGUAACCCAGGUCUCCCCGAUGAACCGGACCACCAAAGCACCGUUGCUCGAGCCGUACCCAAACUGGGAGAUGCAGAAGGAGGACGCCAACUGCUCGGGCUUACAGCUCGUCUGGGCCAUUGAAAUCGACCCCACGGGCAGAUUGUGGGUGCUGGACAGCGGUCGUUUCGACUGGACGACGAAGAAGGUCCGGUGUCCGGCUCGUUUGGUCAUCCUUGACCUCGAGGCUGGGGGUAAGGUAGUCACGAGCCACGUAUUCCCGACAAACGUAGCCGACCCCGGUAACAUCUUGCUCAGUCAAAUCGUGCUGGACCACGAAAACGGUGGACUUGCCUACAUCAGCGGAGUCGACAACACCGGUGUGAUCGUCUUCUCGUUGCAAAACCUCACCUCGUGGAGGCUCGACUUCGGUUCGAGUAUCUACUGUCUGUUGCUGUCACCAGCCGACACCGAAGGAGCCGAUCGCGUUCUGUACUACACGACAAUUUACCCGUCCAAAGUAUUCCAGGUGCCCACCCGCGUGCUCCUGGACAAGAGUUUGACCUCGAAGAUGAGGCAGCUGGAGAGCGAGGAGUUGGGCUUCACGCCACUUUUGGACCGCAUGGUCGGGAUGACGAUGUCGAACAAGGGCACGAUGUUUCUCGUCUCGAGGUCAGACGAUGGAGAUGGGAUUUUGCUCCACAAGUGGGAAUCGUCCAAGAGCCAGUACUUUGAUACAACGGCCAAAACGUUCGGUUGGCCAAAGAUACAUGUAACUUUUCCGACUCGUACUCCGGCUUUCGAUGAGAAUGGCGAUUUGUGGAUCAUCGACAACUUUCGCUCCAACAAUCGAGGCAUCACGUUUUUGAAGAUCGGCAUGAAAAAUUAUCAGUACUACAAGAACGGCACUGUGCCAAAGUUGUGGAACCGAAACCAUCCUGGUUCCUUUUAG